AUGCCAUGCUAUGCCAUGUUCUCCGCGGAUGGGGGGCAAGUGGUGAACCGUGAGAAUCUCAAGGCAGUUGCGAGAGUGACGACUGACGCUACUACCGCCUUUCCUGCCUUGCGGCUUGCCCGCCUUCCCUUCCCAUCCCUCGCCAUCCAUCCUCACUUUCCCACCACCCGAGUUCCCUUUUCGGGCCACCACGGUUUCGGCCUCUUCAUCUUUCGUCUGGCUCUUGUCACCUGCGGAGAGCAAAGCUGUUUGUCUGCCGCACUUGAACAAGUCCCCUCUCACACACAGCUCCCGAGGGUCAAGACCUUCCACCAUAGAGAGAACGAGACGCAGAGACGCACACGCAUCAUCCGCCUAGCCCGUCUCCACCUCCACCACCUCCACCCGCCCACUCCAGCUUCCAGUGUCCCAUCUCUGAUCCGGUCGCUCCUUCCUCGUCUGCUCACCUUCUUUCUCCACCCGGCCACCGACCGCCGACCCCCAUCAUCCUCCAACUCACUUAUCUUUCCCACUCCCCGUCCCUUCACCCUCUCAACCAUCUUUCGCCAUCUACCCGGAAAGCUUGCUUUGUCCGUUUUUCUUUUCCUCUCUCUCACCAACUCCGCCCUUACAAUCAACCAUUUACAACAAUCAACAAAUACCGUGUAUCCGUCUGCGAGCCUCGUGCACCGUGCUACUUGGCCGCCUAUCAGUGAAACAUCCGCCAGAGCCGUCAUCCCUUCCCCGCCCGGCCGACCGCGAGUUUCCUCUUCAUCCAUACCCGGAGUCUACUUUCCAUCUCUCAAAAUGGCGUCCUCAUCAGCAACAACGCCAGACACUCAGGUCACCCUGAAGAUCAACUUCGACGGCAUGACUCGCCGCCAUAAGCUCCCACUGCGCGAUAUGGGACCCAGCACUCUUGAAGAUAAGGUACGUCAUUGCACUCUUUCCACCCUUGGUCAGAUUGCCGCGGCAUAUGAACGUUGGAUCGGGAGUUUCAUUGUGAGAGCUCUUUUGGGCGUUACCUCUGAUGCCAACGUCACUCUCGAGAGGUAUUCCGACUCGGCUGGUUCGUACAUCACACUCGAUAAGCAGAAUGUCUCAGUCUACAAGCAGCUGUACAGAGCUGCCAAGGCCAAGCAAAAACUCAAGCUCCGUGUUACCAAAUUGUCCGAGGAGAAGAUGUCUCCCAGACCAGUGUCAGUGGAGGAUGUGCCCGAGUCCAGCACUCCUCUCGUCGAGAAGGAGGCCGAGGAGCAGAAGCCGGAAGACGCCGCGACGCAACCCCUCGUUGAUCUGAGGCAAUCUAGCGUCAUUGACAACGAGACCAAGAAGGAAUUGCCCACGAGCGACACCGGACUUGACUUCGAAGCCUCCAUCCUUGCAUCUCUGCUGAGAAGACAUGCCAAGAUUAACGACGAGGAGGUGCCAGCCGCUUCUGCAGAUAUUCCCGUUUCUGAGGGUAUUACGGCCCGAGACCAGUGGUUCGCUAAUGCUGCCGCCACCGAGACUCCGUCACGAGCUUCUUGGGGCCGCUGCCCCGCAUUGAUGCACCCCAACACCAACUUCGCCGUGUGCUGCAACAGCUGCGACCAAACAGUUCCCGAAGCUCACUACCACUGCUCCACAUGCGAUGAUGGUGAUUUCGAUCUUUGCCAAAACUGCGUUGACCAGGGUAUCACAUGCUACGGCGCUGACCACUGGCUCAUCAAGAGGAUUGUCAAGAAUGGCCAAAUCAUCAACAGCACUACGGAGACGAUUGCACCAAAGCCCAAGGCCAAGGUCGAGGAGUCGGUUCCAGAGCCUCCCAGGGCACCCGCCAACAUCAGUGAGCUCCUUCGUCCAGUCUUCAACACUGCGCUGUACAGCAUGCGCACCUGCAACUGCUGUGUGACGGAACUCCCAGAGUCCAGCUUCCUCCACUGCGCAGCUUGCGAGGAUUUCGACUUGUGCCACGCAUGCUUCGAGAAGGACUCCCAUGGUCACAACCCCAAGCACUCCUUCGUCCCCGCCGUCGAGGGUGCUCACGUCCCUAGCCACAUUCAGAUCAAGCUGGCUCCUGGCCGCAACCAGAGCCACAAUGCCAUUUGCGAUGGCUGCGACAAAUACAUUGCUGGUGUCCGCCACAAGUGCCUCGAUUGCCCCGACUGGGACUACUGCGCUGACUGCAUCGUGAACUCCAAGUUUGUUCACCCCAAUCACCGCUUCGUUCCCAUUUACGAGCCUCUCGAGGAGGUCCGCAGCCGUGCCGUCAGCCGCUCUGUGCACUUUGGUAUCUGCUGCGAUGGGCCCCUGUGCGCCCGCACUUACAACGCACCCGCCUACAUCUCUGGCGUUCGAUACAAGUGCACUGUUUGCCACGACACUGAUUUCUGUGCCAACUGUGAGGCUAGCCCUGCUAACACACACAACAAGACCCAUCCCCUCGUCAAGUUCAAGACUCCAGUCCGUCACGUCACUGUUACCACUACUGGCGAGCGUGGAGAUGGACAGCGUAUGCAGCAGAUGGGCGACCGCAGUCUUCGCCGCACUAGCUCUCGCUCUACUGAGACCACCGCAAACGCUUCCAUGAACGUUCCACAGACCGUUGUGGAUGUGAAGCCCACAGAGCCGGCUGUCAAGGAAGAGGUUGUCGAGAAAACUCCUGAACCUGAAGCUAAGCCGAUUAUCAAGGAGGAGGUUGUCGAGGAGACCCCCAAGGUAGAAGUCAAGGAGGAGGUGGCCGAGGAGAAGACCGUGCCAAUUGUUGAGAAGCCCCUUUCCGAGCAGGAUCUUCAGGCUGUCUUUGUCCGCGAUACGGUCGCUGAUGGCACUCUUCUGCCGCCCAACCACGUCUUUGAGCAGACAUGGGUCCUCCGCAACGACGGCGAUAUUGCAUGGCCUGCUGGAUGUUCAGUCAAGUUCGUUGGUGGCGACUACAUGGGCCACGUCGACUCGAACCACCCGGCCGGUAUCUCUGAGCUCGUUUCUGCCUCAGAGUCAACUGUCUGCUAUGCACCGCUCGCCCCUGGUCAGGAGUUCUCUUUCAAUGUCCUCCUCCGGACACCUGCGCGCGAGGGCAAGAUAAUCUCUUACUGGCGCCUGACAACCAAGGAUGGUUUGAAGUUUGGUCACAGACUCUGGUGCGAUGUCAGCGUUCAGUUGACUCAGCCAGCUCUUGAGGAGCCUAAGCAAGAGCCCAAGGAGAUACCCACUGAGAUGCAGAGCAGCACCAUGAUGUUCCCCAAGCUCGAGAAGGAAUCCCCUGUCUCUAGCAUCCACCAGGAGGUGAAGUCCGAGUCCGCUCGUGCGACCAGUUCAGAGCCUGAGCAGUUUGAGGACUGCGGCGAAGAAGAGGACUGGGAUGCUUCUGAUGACGGCUUCAUGACCGACGAGGAGUACGACAUCCUGGAUGCCUCUGACGAGGAAUUCUCCGAGGAGCAGCAGCGAAGACUCAGAAAGUUAGGUCGAGGCGACGCUCGUUUCAUGAUUCUUCAUGACAGAUUACAGAUUGGUACUUUGAACCACGUAAAUGGCGAUGUGCCUCUGAUCAUGACCAGUUGGUCUUGCCCGCUAUUCAGUGCAAUGUCUCCGCAUCCCACCAGCGCUGUUACCAGCACCAAUCAUUCUAGGACCCCUGGACAGGGGGCCCGAACUGCGGACAACUUUUGGAUAGACCAAUUCUCGACAAUAUCGUUCUUUUUCGACACUGACGACUUUCCUUUACAAUUGAGGAUUCGCAUCGAGGAGCCGUUACUGGCUACGCGAUCAGCUUCAUCAGCGACGAACUCGACAAUUUUUCGAUCUACGUCAUCUGAGACCGUCAUGAUGAACGGCUGGGACGAGAAGCAGCACCUGGACGACGACGCCUUCGGGGCGAAGGGGAACAUCGUCAGCGCUUUCGAUGCCUUUCCCAAGGCGAAACCACAGUAUGUGACUCGCACAGCUGGCGGUGGAAAAUGGACUGUCGCGAUGACGGUCAUAUCAGUCUUCCUUUUCUGGUCUGAACUUGGUCGCUGGUGGCGUGGUACCGAGACGCACACUUUUGCCGUCGAGAAGGGUGUACUGCACGAGAUGCAGAUCAACAUGGAUAUUGUCGUGCGCAUGCACUGCGAUGACCUUCACAUCAACGUUCAAGAUGCGGCGGGUGAUCGUAUUCUCGCAAGCAGCAUGCUCAAGCGCGACAAGACCAACUGGUCUCAGUGGGUGGACAGCAAGGGAAUCCACCGCUUGGGGAGAGACAGCAAGGGCAAGAUUGACACCGGCGCCGGCUGGCAGGAGGAGGAGGGUUUCGGGGAGGAGCACGUCCACGACAUCGUGUCGCUCAGCAAGAAGAGGGCCAAAUGGGCCAAGACACCCAGGCUCUGGGGCGACGGCGACAGCUGCCGCAUCUACGGCAACCUCGAUGUAAACAGAGUGCAGGGUGACUUCCACAUCACCGCCAGAGGCCACGGCUACAUGGAGUUUGGGGAGCAUUUGGAUCAUGCCGCUUUCAACUUCUCACACAUCAUUUCGGAGAUGUCCUUCGGUCCAUUCUACCCCUCGCUUGUGAAUCCCCUGGAUCGCACGGUCAACCUCGCCAGGAUCAACUUCCACAAGUUCCAGUACUACUUGUCCGUGGUUCCCACCGUCUACUCUGUCGGCCACUCGUCGUCCAACCUGAUUUCCACAAACCAGUAUGCCGUUACAGAACAGAGCAAGGAGACCGAUGACCACAACAUUCCCGGUAUCUUCUUCAAGUACGACAUUGAGCCCAUUCUGCUAUCCGUGGAAGAGUCCAGAGACGGCUUCCUCCAGUUCUUGAUGAAGAUUGUCAACGUUAUCAGCGGUGUUCUGGUUGCCGGCCACUGGGGUUAUACCCUCACCGAGUGGUACAAGGAGGUCAUGGGCCGGCGGAGAAGAGAGAGAAACGAGGGUUUCAUUGGCACGAAGAGCUCAGAGUACGAUCAGUUGAUAGGCCACAAGUUCAUAUUGAGCUUACCUUUUGUUGGUGAUAUUUCCACUGAAAGUGAGCACCUCGGCGAGGCGGCUCUGGUCUGGACCGUCUGGGUUGACCGUGCAGGGAUUGGGCCUAUGACCUCCACUAGGUGCAACUUCCCCCGGACUCGUGCACCGGCUUUUCAAUUGAGUCUUUCCAAUUGGAUCUUACGUGCCGAUGUCGCCAACAGUCAACCCAAAAAAUUCCACAUCACACCCCGCCACCAAGUUCGACUCACAGUAACCUGUGAGAGGUGCUCAGUGACGAUGGCACCAAUUGAGCUUGCCAGUCGAUCAGGAGGCGCCGCGAGGCGGCUUCUGACUCGCACGCGACCAUGCCUUUCCGCAUCCUCGAGCCUGCCGAUUAGGAGGACAUUCGCGACCGCUCAGGACGUUGAGCAGCAAGAUGCUGAGAUGCGCAAGCUGCUCCCCAAGUCUAUCAAGCCCGACACGUACCGCAGACUUCACGACAACCUCCUCAAGGUCCGCCAUGUCCUCGGACAGCAGCGCCUCACCCUCGCCGAGAAGAUCCUGUACAGUCAUCUGGACAACGUCGAGGACUCGCUCCUUACGAACACGGACAAUGGACGCAAUAUCCGCGGCAGUGCCAACCUCAAGCUGAACCCAGACCGAGUCAACAUGCAAGAUGCAUCGGCACAGAUGGCGCUGCUGCAGUUCAUGUCCUGCAACCUUGCGAAGCCUGCGAUUCCUGCCAGCAUCCACUGUGACCACUUGAUUGUGGGAUCCAAGGGCGCCGAGAGCGAUUUGACGGACGGCAUCAGCGUGAACAAGGAGGUGUUCGACUUCCUCGAGUCUGCCGGACGCAAGUAUGGCAUGGACUUCUGGCCCCCUGGUGCAGGCAUUAUUCACCAGACGGUUUUGGAGGUCUACGCUCUUCCCGGUAUCAUGAUGUUGGGAACCGACAGCCACAGCCCUAACGCUGGUGGCCUUUCUACUAUUACUAUCGGAGUCGGUGGUGCCGACGCCGUGGAGGCGCUUGUCGGUGCUCCUUGGGAGCUGAAGGCCCCUCGUGUGCUCGGAGUCAAGCUGACCGGCAAGCUCAAUGACUGGGUGUCCCCCAAGGACGUUAUUCUCAACCUGGCCGGCAAGUUGACUGUGCGUGGCGGAACCGGAUUUAUCGUUGAGUAUUUCGGCGAGGGCGUUGAGACUCUUAGCGCUACCGGAAUGGCCACUAUUUGCAACAUGGGUGCCGAAGUCGGCGCUACAACCUCCAUCUUCCCCUACACGGCCGCCUCUGAACGCUACCUCCUUCAAACCCGCAGACAGGCCGAACACAAGGCGCUGGACGCAUACAAGAAGUGGUCGGCCUUCAACUUCAGAGCUGACGAGGAUGCCCACUAUGACCAGGUCAUUGAGAUCAACCUUUCUGAGCUCGAGCCCCACAUCAACGGCCCCUUUACCCCCGACCUGGCUACCCCCUUGUCCGCUUUCAAGGAGACCAUUCAGACUGAGCAAUGGCCUGAAGUUUUGUCCGCCGGUCUUAUUGGCAGCUGCACCAACAGCUCCUACGAGGACAUGACCAAGGUCGAGAGCAUGGUCAAGCAGGCCGAGAAGGCUGGCUUGAAGCCCAAGGCACCAUUCUACAUCACCCCUGGAAGCGAGCAGAUUCGCGCUACUCUCGAGCGCGAUGGUACUCUGAAGACUCUGGAGGGUGCUGGAGGUAUCGUUCUCUCCAAUGCUUGCGGCCCAUGCAUCGGCCAGUGGAAGCGUCAGGACGACAUCCCCAAGGGCCAGCUGAACGCCAUCCUGACCUCGUACAACCGUAACUUCAAGGGCCGCAACGACGGCAACCCCGGCACCAUGAACUUCCUCGCCUCCCCUGAGAUCGUCACUGCUAUGGCCUACGCCGGUGCGACCACCUUCGACCCCAUGACGGACAAGUUGCAGACUCCCGACGGAAAGGAGUUCAAGUUCGAGGCUCCCCGCGGCCUGGAGAACCCCAAAACCCCCUUCGAGUCCGGCGUCGCGUCUCUCCAGUCCAUCUCGCCCGAUGAGCCCAAUGCCGACGUCAAGAUCGCCAUCGCCCCGACCUCGGAGCGUCUCGCCUUCCUCGAGCCCUUUGCGCCCUUCCCCGAGAGCGACCUAAGCGGCCUCAAGGUCCUCGUCAAGGUCACCGGAAAGUGCACUACCGACACCAUCUCGGCCGCGGGCCCCUGGCUCAAGUACAAGGGUCACCUGCCCAACAUCAGCACAAACACGCUCAACACGGCCGUGAACAAGGAGACGGGCGAGGUCAACGCCGCCUACGACGUCGACGGCUCCAAGCACACCAUUCCCGAGCUCGCGCAGCUGUGGAAGGAGCGCGGACAGGAGUGGCUCGUCGUCGCGGAGCACAACUACGGCGAGGGCAGCGCGCGCGAGCACGCCGCCCUGCAGCCGCGGUACCUCGGCGCUCGCGUCGUGCUGACAAAGUCAUUUGCGCGCAUCCACGAGACCAACCUGAAGAAGCAGGGCGUCGUGCCCCUGACGUUUGAGAACGAGGCCGACUACGACAAGAUUGCGGCGUGCGACGAGGUCAGCACCGUCGGUUUGUACGAGAUGCUCCAGAACGGCGGGCAGGGCAAGGUGCAGCUGCUCGUCAAGAAGAAGGACGGCUCUGAGGUGUUGAUCCCCACCGCCCACGCUGUUACCAAGGACCAGGCUGGAUUCAUCCUCGCGGGUAGCGCUCUGAGCAUGCUUGCCAAGCGUAACCAGGCUUAA